AUGGAAAGAAUUUCUAUCUGGGUAGUCUUCAUUACAUCCCUUUUCCUGUUAAACAUGACCAAUUGUGUGGAGGAUGAGGUCAAGGGAACACUGAUACAAUUUCUGGCACAAAUCACUGGUAAUAGUAGCCAACAGAAUUCCACUUUGGUUUGGAAACAAGACUCUGAUCCCUGCAAGGACCUUUGGCAAGGUGUAUACUGUGAUGAACAAAAUAUUUCUAUAAAGAGGUUGUAUCUUAAUAGGUCCAACUUGAGUGGAACUCUUGAUGUUGCUAUGUUUUGCAAUUUGCAGCCCCUAGCUGCAUCUCUCACCUUUCUCAGUCUUGAUGGCAACAACAUUAGUGGAGGGAUAGCAUCUGAGAUUGGAAACUGCACACAACUCACUCGGCUGCAUGUAAGUGGAAACCAACUUGCUGGUAACCUUCCAAGUUCACUUGCCAUGUUAGAUAAUUUGAAAAGUCUAGACAUUUCAAACAACAAGUUUUCAGGUCCCUUGCCAGACUUGUCUAGAAUCUCAGGACUGAAUGUGUUCCUUGCACAAAACAAUGACCUCAGUGGAGAUAUACCCUCAUUUGAUUUCUCCAAUUUGGACCAUUUCAAUGUCUCCUUCAACAAUUUCAGAGGCCUCAUUCCUGAUGUGCAUGGCCAUUUCUUAGCAGAUAGCUUCCUUGGUAAUCCUGAACUCUGUGGAGAUCCACUACCAAAAAAUUGUUCUGGGUUGACUCUUCCUGUUAAUGAGACAUCAUCAGAAGAAUCAAAGGGAUCAAAUGGUCCUUCUAAAGACCAAAUUCUUAUGUAUUCAGGCUAUACUGCAUUGGGAGUUGUUUUUAUCCUUUUUGUAGUCUUUAAGCUGUGUAGAAGAAAGAAAAAAGAAAAGAAAGUUGAAGCAUUGAAUGGGGUAGUGACAAAUGGUGGUAGUGAAAAGCCCAGCAAUGUUUCAAGUGAAUACAAAACUGAGGUAAGCAGAUCCGAGUUUUCAGUCACUUCUGAAAGUGGGAUGGUUUCACAAUCACUUGUAGUUCUUUCAAGGCCAGUGAUAAAUGAACUAAAAUUGGAAGACUUGCUGAGAGCCCCUGCUGAAUUGAUUGGCAGAGGAAAGAAUGGAAGUCUUUUUAAGGUGAUGCUUGACAAUGGGAUUAUGGUGGUUGUAAAAAGGAUCAAGGAUUGGACUAUUUCCAGCCAUGACUUCAAGCAAAGAAUGCAAAUGCUGAGUCAAACAAAGCACCCUCAUGUACUAUCACCUCUAGCUUUCUAUUGUUCCAAACAAGAGAAACUUUUGGUCUAUGAAUAUCAGCAGAAUGGAAGCUUAUUCAAUCUUCUACAUGGUACAACAAAAACCUUUGACUGGACCAGCAGACUUGGAAUUGCAGCUACAAUAGCUGAGGCAAUAACUUUCAUGCAUCAAGAGCUUGGCCAACAUGGUAUUGUUCAUGGUAAUCUAAAAUCGUCAAAUAUUUUGCUAAACAAAAAUAUGGAGCCAUGUAUAAGUGAGUAUGGUGUUAUGAGUAUGGAAGAUAAAAAAAGUUCACCUUUUGCAAGUCCUAUUGCUGCUGGUGCAUCAAAUGUCUUCAAGGAAGAUGUUUAUGGCUUUGGUGUUAUACUUCUUGAACUACUUACUGGAAAGUUAGUGAAGAGCAAUGGAAUUGACUUGACUGAAUGGGUUCAAUCAGUUGUAAGAGAAGAAUGGACAGGUGAAGUUUUUGACAAGUUCCUAAUAUCAGAGUAUGCAAGUGAAGAGAGGAUGGUCAAUUUGCUUCAGGUGGCUAUAAGAUGUGUCAAUCGUUCCCCAGAGGCUAGGCCAAGUAUGAACCAAGUUGCUCUCAUGAUUAACACUAUAAAAGAUGAAGAAGAAAAAUCCUUGACUUAUGAAGUGUGA